GACAUGGCGGCGUUCGUGAUUGUAGGGAGUGUGCUGGGUCUGCUGCUGGUUGCCGGGGCUGGGGCAGAGGACACGGCGAGUACAGAAGAGUUUGACGUUAAGCCAGGCGGUGUGGAGUACACAUAUACCCGGACACUGGGAAGCUAUUCAUGCAAAUUUACUUAUGCUGCUCAGGGAGGAACUAAUGAGAAAUGGCAGAUAACCAUUGAGAUGAGCGAGGAUGGACAGUAUUAUUCCUGCUUAAUAUGGAGGCCUAUGGGGACAUCUUAUUUAUUUUUUCUCCAUUUCAAAGUGGAAGUAACAGGAGGAAAGAUCGAGUUCUGUGAAGCUUAUUCUCAGGAAAACAAACCAUUGCAGAAAUCUGAAUAUGAUGUAACUGAUACAGCAGUAUCUGACAAAGCUGGUUCCUUUUCUGCAUCUUUAUACAAGCUAUUACUCGUGGUAAAGAGUAACCGGGAAGAACUGUGA